AUGCAAGGAAAAUCUCAGAGAGAAGUUGCUAGCUCAGUGGAUCUCAACUCAUCCUACAUUACUUAAUCUCAAAAUUAGGUUAUAUUUAAUGGAUUGACUUUAAAACCCAAUUCUCCAAGAACAGUUUUAGCAUGUCAGAAAUUAGGAAUAGACAUGGGCAUUUUCCAAAUUAAGUAAUAAGAUGCCCCACUUAUUGUUAUAGAGAUCUCAACCAUUUUCGUGCGAAUGAUAGUGGCAGUGAUGAAAUAGUUCAAAUAAGAUAUGAGCAUUACAUUAAUAAAACUCAUUGUAAAAUUCAACAAUUAUUUUAGAACUAUUGAAUGA